AUGCUAAUGAGGGGCGGGGCAGGGGGCGGGGCAGGGGGCGGGGCGGCAUCGCGCCCGCGCGUGCCGGGACGCGCCGCGGGGGGCGGUGCGAUUCGCCCGCGCCGGCGGGCGGUGGCGGCGCCCGAGCGGGUCUCGGGUGGCGUCGGUGGCCACCGCGAACACCGGCGGGGCCCCCGUGUUCUGUCACAGUGUCCCCCCCUCACUCGCUCCCCUCCGUCCACCACGGCAGCGCCGCCCCAGCUCCGGCUCCUUCCCGGCCAGGCCGGGCACGGGGCGCGUCUCCUCCCGCGACCGCCGGACCGACACCGGCGGGACCUGAGCUUCGGGGCGCCGCACACCGCCGCGCCCCGCCGGUCCCCGCUCGGCACCGCCCCGCCGCCCGCCGCCACGCCCUGCGGCCCGCUCUCGCCGCCGCCUGUCACCGGCUCGGCCGAGGCCGCCUCCCCCUGCGCCGCCGCCGCUUCCUCUUCCUCCCCGCGCCCGGCAGUGCAGGACGCGCCGCCGCGGGGGCUGACAGGGCAGCAGCCGGCCACCGCGGGGAGACUCCCCAGCCGCCAGCCUGGCGGCGGCGGCGCGAACACGGGUGUGACCCACCUCCUCCCCUCCCAGGACUUCAAACCGCGUCUGCACCUCCCCUCCUCCUCCUCCGCCUCCCGCGGCUGCUGCCGCACCUCCUCCCCGCAGGACUUCAGUGAGCGGCGGCAGCAGCAGCUGAGCAGCCAGAAGAGGGACGCGUGCGGCUCUCCCCGCCGUCCCCACCCUCCGGACCCGCCGCCGCCCCGC